AAUAUUCAAAACAAAGCAGAAAAAUCUCAGAUCAAACGGCAAACAUAAUUAAAAUAACCCAGAAAAUAAAAAUUUGUUCAUCCUUUUCACGUUCCACUUUCUCUCUCUGUCUAUACAUGGAUUGAUUUGAUAGUCCGUCGAGAUUAGUUUUCUUUCUCUACUUGAAUUCACCGCCAAGUUGAGUGGGGGAUGGAGCGUUGAUGGUUCGAUUCAGAGAACGGGUUGAAACCUAAUUUGAAAGGGGAAAUUCAAUUGAGGAAUAGUUGCUCGCGGCUGAAUCAUGAGAGAAGGAUCAUGUGAGAUGCAGCAUGAAGAUGAUAAAUCUCUUUCAGAGAAGAACAAGAAAAGGAUAGUGAAGACACAGGCUCAGGUUCAAGCAUUAGAGAAAUUUUACAAUGAGCAUAAAUAUCCUUCAGAAUCCAUGAAAAUACAAGUUGCGGAGUCCAUAGGUUUGACAGAGAAGCAAGUUUCUGGAUGGUUUUGCCAUAGGAGGUUAAAAGAUAAAAAAUUAAUCAAUGGAGAAAAUCAUGCCACUGUAAGGCAAGAUCGGUCAAGUGGAGUCAUACAAGACCGUGGCAGCGGGCAUAGGCAAGAUUCAUGUGGUAGCACAAAACAGGGGGAUGAUAAGAAUCUCGAUACCAGGGAAGUGGAAAGUGGAAGGUUGACUUCAAAAGACUUUUCUGCUGCAGACCUUACGUAUGAGCAUGACAAUCAUUAUGCUGGAAACUACAAUCGUACAAUUGAUGAUUCUUCAGGACGUAGCAGUUCAUUGCGGAAUGCACCUCCUAAUUACCAGAACGGGGAUCCCUCUGACAUGUCCACUUCAAGGUACCUAAUGCCAAAACUUCCAUCUGAUACAAGGGGUAUAAAACCCAGGCCUGGCCCAUCAGGUUACUUAAAAGUGAAGGGUCGUAUGGAAAAUCCUGCUAUAACUGCAGUCAAGAGACAGCUGGGAAAGCAUUAUCGGGAGGAUGGUCCUCCUCUUGGCGUUGAAUUUGAUCCACUUCCUCCGGGUGCAUUUGAAUCCUCAAUGCAGGAGCCGGUUGAAGAAAAUUAUCACACUGGAGAAGAUGUACGUGGUUCUCCUGAUCUUUUGAAUCUUCGGCAGAAUUCCAAGUUUUUCAAGGGAUCUGAAUACCCAUCCAGCAUGGCUCCAUUUAACUCUGAUAUUGAUGGUACGAAUUUCAAAACAAGGAGUGGCUCUGAUAUUCCUGAUAGCUACAUUUACCGGAAGUCCAGGAUAAAGACCUCUUUAUCCAACAGUGGUUCCUAUUAUCCAAGGAGUAACUCUUUAGUGGAAUUUACGGGAGGUACUGGCAGAGAUAUACCCGGAGUUGUGAGUAGAGAUGAGUAUGGUUCAAGGCAUAGACCUGGUGUUGAAGUAACAACAAUGGAUACAGUGCCAAGAUAUUCAAAUCUGCAAGCUUUUGGUGGCAAAGUGAGAGAGAAACGAGCAGAGUCUUGGUCUCAAAAAUAUAAUGAUGUGAAUGGAGGGGUUCCCUUUGGAGAAUAUACAGAACAUGUGAAUUCCACCUUGGCCACAAGAAGAAAUGGCUACUACAGCUCUGCGGACAAAGGGCUACAAAGAGAAGUUAUUAAGGAUGAUACAAUAUAUACUGAUAGGAGGAUGACAAAUGAACAUCAAAUGAAGAUCCCCAUCAAGAAUGAUACAAUUGCUAAGAAAAGAUUAAGGGAAGAAUUUCCACAUCAGCAACCCUCAACAGCAACAUUGAUGGUGGAUACAACACCACAUAACUAUCAAGUCUUAAGGUCCGCAACAGAGAUGCCAUCAAGUUUUAGUGAAGACGACGAAAGUGGUGGAACAAGUUCUUCAGUGGAUUGAAAAAGGCAAAACUACGGAGCUUUUCACUGCUUGCAGAGAGCUGGAAAAUAUGUACAGUUAAAAUGAUUUUAUAGCAUUGUAACAUAUUAGUACUAUGUAGGGGCUGUAGGAAGCUUGAUUAUAUAGAAGAUGAUGAUGGCCCCAAUGUGAAUCAUUCUCGUCUCCUCAAGUUCGUUAAUUUUUUCCGUGA